AGCUGCCUGGUGGCAAGCCGCAUCACGGGGUCUUCUGAGACUGCCUUCCUGCAUUUAAACUGAAACACCUUCAGGCUGCACAUGCACAGGGCUGCGCUUGGGCAAACACAGUGAGGCUGUCUGCUGAGGUGGAGUACCAUGCGGGCCUUUGCCAGGAUAUCCGCUGUGCUGUUUCUACUGUCACUGAACGUGCUAGUGCUGGAGGCCUCAUCAAACAGUCAUGUCCGACAGAAGCGGGCCUGGAUCAUCGACUCAUUCACCAUUGAGGAGGAGCAUAAAGGCCCAUUCCCAUAUCCACUGGGGAAUAUCAGCAUUCAGCGUGACUACGUUGUGCACUUCAUUCUCCAUGGAAAGGGGGUAGACGAAGAACCCAAGAAUAUCCUGAAAAUCGAUCAAAAUACGGGGCUAAUUAGUGUUCACGGGAAGGUGGAUUAUGAGCAGUAUCAUGUACUGAAGCUAACAUUUGAAGCUAGAAAAUCCUCAUCAGUUGUGGACACCAAGCUUGGUGUCGAGAUAAAUAUAUUGGACAUAAAUGACCAUGCCCCAGUAUUCCAAAAAAAAGUAUAUGAAACGACGACUGAAGAAUCAAUGACACAGGGAUCCAAUGUUUUGACUGUACUGGCAACAGAUUUUGAUAAACCAGGAACCCCAAACUCAACUUUUCAAUAUAAGAUACUUUCUGUGACCCCUAAAACCUCCAAUGCUGAGUUUUUCAUUGAACAAAGUGGCAAAAUAUCAUUUAAAGGAUGUUUGGACUAUGAGAAAGCAAAGACGUACAAUGUAGUGGUGGAAGCAAAAGACAAUGGUGAGGUGGUGCGUCUGUCCAGCAACACUACGGUCAGCAUCAGCAUAACAGACAAAAACAACCACCUGCCUACCUUUGCUGGUCGCACGGGACCAGGCAGAAUCAAUGAGAGAGAGUCAGGAGUUUCUGUUUUGCGAGUACAUGUUACGGACAAGGACUCCAAAAACACGCCGGCGUGGAGGGCCAAGUACACCAUCCACGGAGACAAGGACAAUGUCUUCAGCAUCCACACUGACCCAGAAACCAAUGACGGAGUACUGGUCGUUGAAAAGCCCCUCGACUUUGAGUUGGCCGCCAGUAGAAACCUUACCAUCAGUGUGGAGAACGAGGAGCCAUUCUUCUCCUGCCAGGUGCAGAAGAAGGCCGAAACGGGGCUGUGGGAGGUGCUUACGACAGCAGGGGUGCCUGGACAGGAGGGAGUGCCUGCGGCUCACACCGAGGCCAUAACCGUGUUUGUGGAUGAUGUGAACGACCCUCCAGCCUUCAAGCCGCCCGUGAAAAUCAUCAUGGUCGAAGAGAACCUAGAAGUGGGACAUCUGCUCGAAACUCUCACUGCGAUAGAUCCGGAUCGCACCUAUAAUAGUGAAUUUGUGUACAAGAUAGAAAAAGAUCCAGGUAAUUGGGUGACUGUGAAUCCAAAAACUGGACAAAUUACAACUGUGAAGACACUGGACAGAGAGUCGCCUUACGUUGUGAAUAAUACCUACACUGUAACCUUGUACGCAAUAGAUAAAGGCAAGCCGCCAUUGACAGGCACAGGAUCUCUCAUCAUCCACCUGAAGGACCAGAAUGACAACGUGCCAGAGUUGCUCCAGCACGCGGUGGACAUGUGCCUGUCGGACGGGCCCACGGCGGUCCAGAUCGCCGCCCAUGACCGGGAUCAGGACCCUUUUGCCGGGCCCUAUCUCUUUGAGCUGCAAGGUGACGUCAAGGGCAAAUGGCACCUUGAUCCUUACCACGGGGAAACGGCUACCCUUGUGAGGGAGAAGACGGUGUACGCUGGGCCACACGAGCUGCAGCUCAAGGUCUACGACACGCAGGGUCACGGGUCCCUGCAGAACCUCUCAGUCACCGUGUGCGACUGCACUACCUCGCCCAACUGCCAGAUGCAGCGCGCAGUGACAUCGCGGGUCACCAACAGUGCACUCGGGGUCAUGAUCAUCGCACCGCUUGUGUUACUGGGUGUCCUGCUUCUGGCCUCAUUUUUAUCUUGCAAGAAGGAAAAACCAGUCAUGCAAGUCGACCACGGCACUGGAGAGUACUUGAUUACGUCCAAUACUGAGACACCAGGAACAGAUUGUCCGAUUCCUAAUGAAGUACAGAAAGAUCAGGUGGAGCACAUUUCCAACGGUGUGACUUUGCAGAAGGUGCAAAUGAGCCAGCAGUGUGCAAUACAAUCCAGCAUUAAAGGGCAAUCAAAUUUAUUACAGAUGGGAGGGACAUUUUCCCAGCAGCUACCGAGAAAGACUUUGAACAGGAGCAUGAGCAGUAGGUCAUACAUGAAAGCUGGACCCUACCAGAACUCAGCACUAAGAAGAUCUAUGUCUACAUCAAGAGAAAAUUAUACUAAAAUGAGACCCUUAGACUUGAGAUCCAUUCUUAAUCAGAAGAUGUAUUCCAUUCAAGCUCAUGAGGAGCCGUCGGAUGAUCUUCCUAAGCUCUACGCCUACGAGGGCGACACACCGAGCCACUGCCAGUUGGACUGCAUCUCCAUCCCUGAUAGCGAAUUUACUCCUGACAGACUUCAGGACCUGGGUCCCAGGUUUAAUGGGUUGGCUGCUGUGAGUAGGCCAACAUACGAUUCCAGAUAGGGUCCACAGAUAGGGUCCACUCUGACCCCAACCUACCGCAGCCAAGAUCCCAGCCUACCAGCAAAGCUACUUUUUUGGAAGCGUGCAGUGAUAUGUUAAGGUAUAUAAAGAGCAGAGUUGGACAUGAACUAGGUGUGGGAAUCCCACCAGCUGGGAUAGCAAAGAGAACCACAUGAUGCAGAAUUGGCAGUUUAUUAUGGAGAGAGUUUCCCUCUUCGGGGUAACAAAAUUUGGCAGGUGUAGGGUCAACUUAAGAAGGGUGAAAGAUGAAAAUCAAAACAUAUAAAAAAAAAGGGUAAGGGUGAUAACUCCAACAAAGCCAUACCAUACGUGACAUUUCCGUUUUGAAUAUCUUUUUCAAAUCUUU